GCUUGGACGAUGCGCUUCCUCUCGUCGCUUUGGUUUUUUUUGUUUGUGCAAUUUGACGAAAAUGUUAUCGUGUGUGAUUAUAUGUGGCAUCAAUUAUGGAGAUAUUUGGAUGCAGUGACCUGAUAACUCCCUUGUUGUGCAAGGAUAAAUUAUACGAUCUGAAGUGAUUGAAAAACUGCCAAAAUGACCUCAAGGUUAGACCGUCUAUUCGUGCUGCUAGAGGCGGGGGCCGGCGCGGCCACCCGGCGGGCCGCCGCCAGGCAGCUGGGCGAAGUGCAGAAGGCGCACCCUGAGGAGCUACACCGGCUGCUGAGCAGGCUCAUGAAGCACCUUCGCUCGCCGGCCUGGGAGACCAGGAUCGCGGCCUCACAGGCGGUGGAAGCGAUAUUGGCAAACGUACCGGAAUGGCAUCCAUCUCCGUUUACGGGCAAAAAAGAAGAGAAAGAGAAGACAGAUCUGGAAGAGAGCGGGCGGCUGCGUUGCGAGACGUUCGACAUCGAGCGCGUGCUGCUCAACGGCGCGCACCUCAUGGGCUCCGAGGGCCACGAGUACGACAUGGACGAGGAGGCCAUGUCUGCUGCCGACUUAAAUGAGCGGAUCCUGAAGCAACGUCAGCAGUUGAACGCUCGCCUUGGCUUGGACAUAGCGGCGAACCUUGGGGUAGACCUGGCCUCCGUCUACAGCAACGAGGACCUGUGCCCUACGAGGCAGCAAACUAUUAAGACUGAAAUUCCCAGGAGGCCAGUUCAAGAGCUAGUCCCUAUAGCGUCAUCGAAGCCACUCAGCUCGCGAGAGAUGAACCUCGCCAAGCGAAAAGCUCGGGCUGCGUUCAGCAAACAAAAGUCGCGGGACUGCAGCGAGGAAGGCCCGUCCGCACCCCCCACUCCGCCUAUAGAACCUGAUCGGAAGAAGAUCAAGUUGGAACCACUGGAUGAGUUUGCUGUGGAAAACAGUAGUCCAGUGCCAGACUGCACAGGCGUAUGGGGGGAGUCAGUGCGAUGGCCUCUCGAGUGGUGGUGCUCAGCGCUUCAAGCGCAGCUAUUCAGUGCUGCUUGGGAAUCGAGGCACGGGGCGGCCAGCGCUUUGAGAGAGCUGCUGCGAGCGAGGAUAGUGGCUUCAGCGGGCAUACAGGCCGACGUGUCGAAAGAACAGAUGGACGAUGCCCACCAAGAAUGGUUAGAAGACAUGGCGCUGCGGUUGCUGUGUGUCUUAGCUCUAGAUAGGUUCGGUGAUUUUGUUUCUGAUCAGGUAGUAGCACCAGUGCGUGAAACAUGCGCGCAGACGCUAGGCGUAGCGUUCGCGCAGAUGAGGCCAGACCGCGUGCGCAAAGUCGCUGGCUUGCUGACAAUACUAGCUAGGCAGUCGCAGUGGGAAGCCAGGCACGGAGCGUUGUUGGGCUUCAAGUAUCUGCUAGCUGCGAGACAGGAGGCAGGCGUAGAAUGCGGCGCAGUGGAACAACUCGUGUCUGGUCUCGAAGACGUAGCUGAAGACGUGUCGGCGGCCGCGGCCAGUGCGCUUGCUGCCCAGGCGUCUGCUGCCGCGCCGCACGCACCAAGACUUGCUGCGCGAUUGUGGACCUUAUUGCAAAUGCAAGACGACCUAGCUGCGCCAGCAAAUGCCUAUCUGGCGCUGUUAGCCGCGCUGUGCUCGCUGCCUGAAGCCGCUAGUUUAUUACACCCCAUUGAUCUCUCGGACGUGCUCCCCCGCCUAUGGCCGUACCUCGACCACUCGACGAGCUCGGUUCGCAAAGCAGCCCUCCAAACCCUCAGGACUCUCACCAGACCUCUCAUCACGAGUGCGCCGAAAAACAACGGCGUCGAAAAUGGCGGCGAAAACGUGCCCAACGGAGACUGUAACCCAGACCGGUUCCUAAUGUGGACGCCGGAAUUAUUGCAAGAGGCUAUGAGACACGUGUACCAAAGGAUACUGUUCGAACAUGUCCAUGAAAUACAAGAAAUUGCGAUACAGGUGUGGGAGAACUUCCUUCAGCACGCGUCACUCGGAGUGAUCCUGGUGGCAGCGUGCCCCGUGCUGGCCACGUGGCUGUGCCUCGCCAUGCAGCCGGCGCGCCUGCCCGCCGAGCCCGGCCUGCUGCUGCAGCCGCCGUCUAAGCGUGCCCCGUGCUGGCCACGUGGCUGUGCCUCGCCAUGCAGCCGGCGCGCCUGCCCGCCGAGCCCGGCCUGCUGCUGCAGCCGCCGUCUAAGGUACGAAGGCUCCCUCCAGCACGCGUCACUCGGAGUGAUCCUGGUGGCAGCGUGCCCCGUGCUGGCCACGUGGCUGUGCCUCGCCAUGCAGCCGGCGCGCCUGCCCGCCGAGCCCGGCCUGCUGCUGCAGCCGCCGUCUAAGCGUGCCCCGUGCUGGCCACGUGGCUGUGCCUCGCCAUGCAGCCGGCGCGCCUGCCCGCCGAGCCCGGCCUGCUGCUGCAGCCGCCGUCUAAGGUACGAAGGCUCCCUCCAGCACGCGUCACUCGGAGUGAUCCUGGUGGCAGCGUGCCCCGUGCUGGCCACGUGGCUGUGCCUCGCCAUGCAGCCGGCGCGCCUGCCCGCCGAGCCCGGCCUGCUGCUGCAGCCGCCGUCUAAGCCGGCGCGCCUGCCCGCCGAGCCCGGCCUGCUGCUGCAGCCGCCGUCUAAGCGUGCCCCGUGCUGGCCACGUGGCUGUGCCUCGCCAUGCAGCCGGCGCGCCUGCCCGCCGAGCCCGGCCUGCUGCUGCAGCCGCCGUCUAAGGUACGAAGGCUCCCUCCAGCACGCGUCACUCGGAGUGAUCCUGGUGGCAGCGUGCCCCGUGCUGGCCACGUGGCUGUGCCUCGCCAUGCAGCCGGCGCGCCUGCCCGCCGAGCCCGGCCUGCUGCUGCAGCCGCCGUCUAAGGAGCGGCGCACGCGCACCAGUUCGGUAUCAUCAGACAGCUCGCUGCCGCCGGAGCUGCGGCCGAACCAAAAGUGGUUUGUAGGCGGCAGCGAGUCGCAACCGGCGGCGAUGCGCGACCGUAACGUGACGCGUGCGAGAGUCCUGGCUGCGCACGUCCUAGGUUACCUGUCGUGUUACCUCGUUCAACCCGCACCUGGUAUAGAGUACAAAGCAGAAGAUGAGAGCCCAAUAGACUGUUAUGUUAAGGUUAUGGUGGUGUACCUCCGCUCGGGCAGCGCGCUGCAGCGGCUGGUGGCCGGCCUCGUGGUGUCCAUGUGGGCGCGCCACAGCCGCGCGAGACUUCAACAUCAGGGAGAACCGAGUGACUCCACGAACGAAGAAGAGAAAAUGAGUAAACUCGCGCCGCCUUUACUGACGAGCACGCUUAGCGCGGCGCUCAACCAAGCUCUCUACUACGACGAGGUCGCUCUGACCUGCAAUAGGAUAUUACAAGAGGCUCGUGAUUUACACGCCAUGAUGAAGCAUUACAAGCUGGCGGUGGACGGUGAAGAAUUCAACAAUAUUCUGAGGCUAGAACAGGUGGUCAAUCUAACGCAAGUGACGCAGCCGAUGGUAGCGGCGAUGAAGAUCAAGCGAGUCGCGCAGACGCUUGAAGAGAGGCGGAAGAAUCUACAGUCGUCCGUCAACCAGUGCUGCGCGGAACAAAACACGUUGAAUGUGUCCGUCCAAGCAGCAUUAGCGGCCGCGUGUGCCAACUUACACUCUCUCCCAGAGAAGUUGAACCCAGUGGUCCGUCCGCUAAUGGAGAGCAUCAAGAAAGAAAGCUCCGAGGAGCUUCAGCAGAACUCCGCCGACACGCUCGCAGCGCUGCUGGGCCAGCUCGUGGCGCGCGAGCCCUGCCCCAACAACAAAGUGCUGGUCAACCUGAAGGCCUUCCUGAGAGUACUACUGGCCCAGCUCGUGGCGCGCGAACCCUGCCCCAACAACAAAGUGCUGGUCAACCUGAAGGCCUUCCUGAGGUGUGACCCAGAAGUGACGCCGCGUGUGUCUCUUGAAUGCACCGAGGAAGGCGACUCGGCCAGCGGCGACAGUGGGCCUGAAACUGUUAAACCAGAUGCAACUGCCGCCGCAGCCGCCACUCAUGGACCUACAAUGGACAAAUACAAAGGCAUCCUCACACUACGCGAGCAGCAACGCGCCUGCGAGGCGGGCGGCCCGCGCCGCGGCCGGCCCCCCGCGAACCACCCGCCGCCCGCCGCCAACCCCCACCACGAGCUGUUGCAGCACGAGGACGAGGCCCGUAAACUACUUAGAAUACAAAGAAGAGGAGCAACGUACGCGCUCACAAGUCUGACCAAAUAUUUCAACAACGAACUACCUCAAAAACUGCCUAAGCUGUGGGAAUUCAUCACUGAACCACUAUUGAAGAUAAUGACUGAUGCUGAGCUAGAAAGCCAAGAAGUGGAGCCAGCUGAAGAACUAAUAUCCCGCCUGCAAGUGUUCGAAGCGGUCAGCGCUCACGUAGGAGUUGACCUAUGGCCGCAGUUAUGCCCGGGCGGCGCUCAAGCUUGUUGUGUACUAGCGCGUCAUAUUCAUACCGCUGUGAGGCACAUGGCAGCGCGCGCUUUGGCGGCAAUGGCUGCGAGGGACCCUACGCCUGUCAUGCACACUGUGAUCAAUGAGUUAUGCCCGGGCGGCGCACAAGCGAGUUGCGUGCUGGCGCGACAUAUUCAUACUGCUGUGAGGCAUAUGGCGGCGCGCGCUUUGGCUGCCAUGGCUGCGAGGGACCCUACGCCUGUCAUGCACACUGUGAUCAAUGAGCUAAUCCCACUGCUGAGCGACGUGCGUUGCGAGCGCGCGCGCUGCGGCGCGGCAGAGGCGCUGGCGCGGACGGUGGAGUCGCUGCAAUUGAGAGUGGUGCCUUACAUUGUGUUGCUGGUGGUGCCGCUGCUUGGCCGUAUGAGCGACCACUGCGAAGCCGUCCGCGUGAUGUCAACGCGCUGCUUCGCGUCUCUAAUCCAGCUGAUGCCGCUGGACGGCGCCGUGGCCGAGCCGCCCGGCCUGGCGCCCGACGUGCGCGCGCGCCGGCUCAGAGACAAGCACUUCCUGGAGAAGCUGUUCAACCCCAAGUCCAUACAGGACUACAAGAUACCCGUGCCCGUGUCGGCCGAGCUGAGGAGUUAUCAGCAGGCUGGCGUGAAUUGGCUACGCUUCCUCUACGAGUACAAGCUGCACGGCGUGCUAUGCGACGACAUGGGUCUGGGCAAGACGCUGCAGUCCAUCGUUGUAGUGGCCGGCUCGCACUGGGAGCGCGCGCGCGCACAGCAACCGUCGCUACCUUCGCUCGUCGUGUGCCCGCCCACGCUCACAGGCCACUGGGUGUUCGAAGUGAACAAAUUCAUCCCUUGCAAGUUCCUACGUCCGCUACAAUACGUAGGCCCACCGGUGGAACGGGAGCGAUUAAGAGCUCACGUACGCCACUACAAUCUCAUCGUGGCUUCAUACGACAUCGUGCGGAAAGAUAUCCACUUCUUCAGCACUAUCAAGUGGAAUUACUGCGUGUUGGAUGAGGGACACGUCAUCAAGAAUGGAAAGACCAAAGCGUUUAAGGCGAUCAAGCAGCUGGUCGCUAAUCAUAGACUGAUACUGUCGGGCACGCCGAUACAGAACAACGUACUAGAGCUGUGGUCUCUAUUCGACUUCCUGAUGCCGGGCCUGUUGGGCACCGAGCGUCAGUUCACGGCGCGCUACUCGCGGCCCAUCCUCGCCGCGCGUGACGCCAAGGCCACGCCGCACCAGCUGCAGGCCGGCGCGCUGGCCUGUGAGGCCCUGCAUCGACAGGUGUUACCCUUCCUCCUCCGUCGCGUCAAAGAAGACGUGCUAAAGGAGCUGCCUCCGAAGAUCACGCAGGACUACUACUGCGAGCUCAGCGCGCUACAGCGGCGCUUGUACGAGCACUUCUCGCGAGAGCACAUGCCGCAUGACAUCACCAGCCACACCCAUGUCUUCCAGGCUCUCCACUACCUCCAAAACGUGUGCAACCAUCCAAAGCUGGUUUUAACCGGCGACCACCCCGAGGCGGCGCGAGUAGCACAGCAGCUGGCCGCGCAGAACUCCUCGCUGCACGACAUCCACCACGCCGCCAAGCUGCCCGCGCUCAAACAACUGCUCCUAGACUGCGGCAUCGGCACGUCCGCGCCCGACGACUCCGAAGCGGUGGUGUCCCAGCACCGCGCGCUCAUCUUCUGCCAGCUCAAGAAGAUGCUGGACAUCGUGGAGCAGGACCUGCUGAAGCGGCACCUGCCCGGCGUCACGUACCUGCGGCUCGACGGGAGCGUGCCGCCGCACCAGCGCCACGCCAUCGUCACGCGGUUCAACAGCGACGUGUCUAUUGACCUACUGCUGCUUACUACUGCCGUGGGCGGUCUAGGUCUUAACCUGACGGGUGCGGACACGGUGGUGUUCGUGGAACACGACUGGAACCCGAUGAAGGACGCGCAGGCCAUGGACCGCGCGCACCGCAUCGGGCAGCGUAAGGUCGUCAAUGUGUAUCGCCUCAUUACCCGCGGCACGCUCGAGGAGAAGAUUAUGGGGUUACAAAAAUUCAAGCUGCAAACAGCGAACACAGUAAUCAGCAGCGAGAACGCCGCCAUGGAAACCAUGGGCACGGACCAGCUGCUCGACCUGUUCCAGCUGUCGGCCCAGGGGCCCGCGCCCGCCGGGCCCAGCGCCGGGCCCUCGCUGGCCCUGCCCGGGCCUUCCGGGCCCCGCGUCAUCGAGGCGCUGCCCGACCUGUGGGACGACAAGCAGUACGAGGAGGAAUAUGACAUGUCCAACUUCAUCAAGGGACUGAAUAAGAUUACCGGCAGUUAAAGGACGAAAUUAAGAGCCCUUAUGCCCGUUUUCACCAUCCCUAAUUUUUAAGUGACCCCUAUGGUAACACUUAACAGGAAUUUGGUAUUCAUAUGGGUCACUUAAAACUUAGGGAUUGAUGGUGAAAACGGGCAUUAACCUCUUACCUACGGGAGGCACCUAUUGUUGCCAAGUCAAAAGUCACUUCUCAAUACGGGUGGCAUAUAUUGCUGUUUUGGCAAAGCCAAUACUAAAUCACGGUUUACGACAAAAAAACAAUAAAAUUGCAAAUUAAGUGUAAAAUGCGCUUGUAAUUAUGAAACUACAUUAGUUGCAGAAUAUAAUAUUCCAAAUUUAAAUACUGUAAGUCUCAUACUUUUUACAAACAAUUUGACAACUUAAAAUAUCCCGUAUUGAGAGGCGCACUUUGGUUUCCAAUGCAAUAGUCCGUAGGGAAAGGGUUAAAAACAUCAUUUUUAGCCCAGACUGCAAACUUUUUGUCGGCCGAUAGAUUAG